CUCCUACUGACUAAGUCGUUGUAACAAAACACUCAUCAGCUUCGACAACACAGCGGUUGUAGGACUGGCUCCUUCAAACACACCUGUGCAACACCUUUCACAUCUCUAGACGGUCCCUUCUUUGACGCUGUUGUCGUCCCCUGCCUUGCUUUCAAAUCAGAUCAGCUGCGGGCUUCAACUCACUGUUCCCUCACCUUUGCCUUCUCUCGUCGGUCCUUACCCCUCCUCGGCCGUUCACAGCCACAAUCCUGAAAUAUCGUCAAUCGUACUGAAUAUUGCUGCCUGUGGCUUUCAGUCUCUCACCUUCAAUUGUAAACGUAUCCAAAAUUUAUCCAAGGUUGUUAGCGUAUCAACGCAGGCAGGGUCAAAAGCGUCAAGAUGUCGUGGAAAUUGACAAAGAAACUGAAGGAGACACACCUUGCGCCGUUGAUGAGCGGGUCGAGUCGGUCGACAUCAACUUCCACAGUCAAGCCUGAUGAAGCUGCGCCGUCGGUAGAUGCCAACGAUCUGACAACGACUCAAAGCAACGUGAGCACUUCUUCGGCUACAACAAAUGGCAUUGCCGCUUCUGAGGCACUCACCUCACCGCCGGUGCAAAAUACAAAGCCGGGUAUCUUGAUAGUCACGCUCCACGAAGGAAAGCAGUUCUCUCUGCCACAACAAUACCAGUCAGUCUUCAACAGCUUCUAUGGAUCAGGCGGGUCAGGCUCCGUUAGACCAAGCUCUUCAUAUGCAGCUGGAUCGUUAACAUCGGGGUCGUAUGCGCCUUCGAACCGACCGGUAUCUACUCAUGGUGGCAUCAACGCUGCGCCAACUGUUCACGGUAGAUACAAUAGUAAAUAUCUACCAUACGCACUGCUUGACUUCGACAAGUUGCAAGUGUUUGUCGAUGCAGUAUCUGGCAACCCGGAGAAUCCACUCUGGGCGGGUGACAACACCUCAUUCAAAUUCGAUGUCUCGCGUGUCUGCGAACUUAGCAUUCAGCUUUAUCUUAGGAACCCAGCUGCAAGACCAGGAGUCGGCAGAAGUGAGGAUAUCUUCCUUGGCGGUGCCAGGGUCACUCCGAGAUUUGAGGAAGCUAAGAAUUUUGUUCCGGACCCCAAGAAGAGCAAGAAGGAGAACGAGAAGGCCGAAGCCGCUUGGAAUAGUCAGGAGAAGCAAGCAGGCCAACUGGGCACCGAAUGGAUAGAUAUUCAGUUCGGCACAGGUGCAAUCAAAGUCGGCGUCAAUUAUGUCGAAAACCGCCAGGGCAGUCUCAAGAUCGACGACUUUGAGUUGUUGAAGGUGGUCGGUCGAGGUAGUUUCGGCAAGGUCAUGCAGGUCAUGAAGAAGGAUACCGGUCGAAUCUACGCCCUCAAGACAAUCCGCAAAGCUCACAUCAUCUCCCGGUCUGAAGUCGCACAUACUCUUGCAGAGAGGUCAGUUCUUGCACAAAUUAACAAUCCGUUUAUCACGCCACUCAAGUUCUCCUUCCAAUCACCAGACAAACUUUACUUCGUGCUGGCUUUUGUCAACGGUGGUGAACUCUUCCAUCAUCUCCAAAAGGAACAGCGAUUCGACAUCAACCGAUCCAGAUUCUACACUGCAGAGUUGUUGUGCGCUUUGGAAUGUUUGCACGGUUUCAAGGUCAUUUAUCGAGAUCUUAAGCCUGAGAACAUUCUUCUCGACUACACUGGUCAUAUUGCUCUUUGUGACUUUGGAUUGUGCAAGUUGGACAUGAAGGAUGAGGAUCGUACCAAUACCUUCUGCGGGACCCCUGAGUACCUUGCACCAGAGCUCCUACUCGGCCACGGCUACACAAAGACUGUCGACUGGUGGACAUUGGGUGUGCUUCUCUACGAAAUGUUGACUGGACUUCCGCCUUUCUACGAUGAAAACACCAACGAAAUGUACCGCAAGAUUCUACAAGAACCGUUGCACUUCCCUGGUCCCGAGAUUGUCCCUGCAGCAGCCAAAGAUCUUCUUCAGAAGUUGCUUGAUCGCAACCCCGAGCGUCGACUUGGUGCCGGUGGUGCAGCUGAAAUCAAGGCCCAUCAUUUCUUUGCGGGCAUUGACUGGAGAAAGUUGUUGCAGCGCAAGUACGAGCCUAGCUUCAAGCCCAACGUGGUCGACGCUAGGGACACCGCAAAUUUCGACAAGGAGUUCACAUCCGAGGUGCCUAAAGAUUCGUAUGUCGAAGGACCUGUUCUUUCUCAGACAAUGCAACAACAAUUCGCUGGCUGGUCAUACAACCGUCCUGUCGCUGGUCUAGGAGAUGCUGGCGGAAGUGUCAAGGAUCCUUCUUUCGAUCGUAUUCAGUAAGGUUGAGCGUGGUUUUAUCUAGUGUCUGCGAUGAGACAUGACACGACACGAAGAAUGAUUAUUGAGCUGUUGGACUUUCAAGAUUUGGGCCCGGGUAUGUUUCAUUGCCAGCCAUGGAGAGCUUGGUCGAAAAGGAUUUUCGGUUCAGCUAGUCACUCGUACAUAGCUUGAGCCUUGGUUUCACACGGGCUCAAGCAAGCAUGUUGUGUGUUAGAUUUCGAUUUGCAUGGCGUCGCAAGGCCGUCUGCUCUUCGGCGGUAAAUAAAUAAAAUUGAUGGGAACAGCUGACACGGCCUGCGGAUAUGUACGUGGUCAUUCGUAGAGAAGUUCACGGAGCACUUGCGAACGUUCUGAAGCCGACAUAUACACAGAGCUGGCCCUGCACUGAGUAGUCCGUAUAAUACACUACGACACCUCGGACU